CUUCAAAAGCUUAACAGCCGGCUUUGCGACAGGGUGUCGGAUGCUCGUCGAGCGCGUCGAACGCGAUCGAGGAGAAUCAGUCGGGCGUGUGCGGAAGGAACGACCCGACCUCGUUCACGCGUCCGUCGUUACACCCUCUUCUGUGUUCUGUGGUCCUUGGAUCGUUCCGUCGCCGAUAUCAUCGCAAAAGUAGUCCCGAGUCGUCAUAUAAUCGCCGAUUUAGUGUAACAUUGCGUCAAAACCGGGAAGAAAAGCAAACACGCGCCUGCGAGGGACCUAUUAAACCACAAUGUUAAAAUUUACGAGUACCAUAGAGUAGACGAGUACGUUAUGAUGUAUGUCAUUCGUGAUUACCCACUGGUAAUGGAUUUAUCGGCAAUAAGAAAGAAGUUGUACUAGCUGGGUGUACCAGUUCCGAGCUACGCCCUUUUCAUUUUGGAUAUUUAGUAAGGGCAAAGAAUUCAGAAGUUUUAUAGAACUUCAGAUCCCAUGUCAGCGCUUGGUGCUUUAAAAGUUGGAUAAUUAACCAGGAGUGGGUGUAAAAAAGAGAUUGCAUGUGUUAGCCAACGGUGUCUUAUAUACGAGAGGAAGAGAGAUGCUUAUAAAAAGGCGAGUACUGGGUGUAAGAUAAAGAAAGAACGCAAUCCGCUAUAAAUCGCCGUAAGAUUGAGAGAGAUGGAGAGAUGACUGCAGCGCCGCCAUCUAUUGGCUAACGUACUAUUUAUCGAGCAGCAAACGUGCGUAUCCUCCUGGGCUUCUAUGGAGACUUCUGAAUUCUUUGGGACCAUAGAGUAGAGUACGAUAUGAUGUAUGUCAUUCGUGAUUACCCACUGGUAAUGGAUUUAUCGGCAAUGAGAAUGAAGUAGUACUAGUUUGGUGUACCAGUUUGUUCCGAGCCACGGACUUUUCAUUUUUUAUAUUUAGUAAGAAGGAUGCUCGAAAUCCAGUUGUGCACAAUUCGUAAAGGCGUUGGUGCUCGAAAUACGUAAUUGUCUGAAAAUAGAAUAAACCUCCGGUUUAAAAGUGGAAGUUACGAUGGUUAAUGGCUGUGAAGUGGAGAAAAUGCGUGCCGUUAAGGCGUCGGUUAUUGCCCAUGUUCGUGUUUUAUUUUUGCGUUUUGUAACCUUAAGAGGGGAGUAUGACGUUACCGUAUGGUAAUAAUUAACGGGAUUGCAAGUAGAGGUGUUAAGAUGACACUAACAGAAUUUAACGUAAAAUUCGAGGAGAUGGAAUCGAGACAAUUGUUUCACUUUCAUACGUGAUUCUUUGUUUAUGAAUUUUUAAUCGAGCCACGAUAAGAUGUUACAUCUUACUUUGUGCGUGAAUGUCCUCAACAAGGCUCUAGUGAACGUAUUUAUAGAGUACCCUGAGUUAUCUCCAGAUCCCGACAAUCGUCCCUCGGGGGUGGACAGGCGAGACUCAAAAAUGGCGGACACGAGCCAACAGGAGAUCUCGGAGCCGCACACCAACGGUGUCGUAGACGGUUUGACAGAAGAAGAAAAAAGUAAAAUGAGACCUGCUGAUAUCGAUGCCGACAUGAGAGAAAUGGAAAGGAGGAAGAGGGUAGAAAUGAUGAUGAACUCGAGGCUCUUCAGGGAAGAGCUGGAACGCAUCAUCGAAACACAAAUGAAAGAUGGCGCUGGUCCCUCUGGUCUUUUGCAACAGAUCUCAGACAUGAUGGGUGCCCAAGGAGCACGGUUUCAUGCGAAUAUGUUCAAAAAUCCAAACUGCGUGCUGCCGAUCAACGAUAUUCGUGGAGUCGAAAGCAUGGGUUACGCCAAGGGCGAAAAGCUCCUUCGAUGUAAACUCGCUGCGAUAUUUAGAUUGCUCGAUUUGUACGGAUGGACUCAAGGUGUAGGGGGCCAGAUUACGGCGCGACUGAACCAGGACCAGGAACACUUCCUGGUGAAUCCUUACGGAUUGCUUUACCACGAGGUGACGGCCUCGAGUUUGGUCAAGGUCGACAUGCAAGGUGCCAUCGUCGAACAGGGCACGACGAAUUUCGGGGUCCACGUCACAGGCUUUCAACUUCACUCUACUAUACAUGCUGCCAGACCUGACAUUAAGUGCAUCGUUCAUCUUACCACUCCGUCCGUGAUAGCCGUUUCUUCUCUAAAAUGCGGCCUGCUUCCGCUGGGACAAGAGAGCAUAGUAAUAGGCGAAGUAAGCACUCAUCAGUACAUCGGUGGAUCUUUCGAACCCGAAGAGCGAGAGAAAAUCUCAAGGAAUCUAGGACCGAUAAACAAAGUCAUGUUCCUGACGAAUCGCGGCGCCAUCUGUUGUGGAGAAACGGUUGAGGAGGCCUUUUAUAACGUGUACAAUACCAUGAUAGCCUGCGAAACACAGCUCAAAUUGAUGCCUGUCGGCUUGGAAAACUUGAACCUCAUCUCCGAGGAGUCCAAAAAGGCAAUAUUCGAAGCGUCGAGAAAGCCGCAGAUUCCUUAUCACAGCUCGAUUGCCGAACCAUCGCCUUUGGCUGAGAAACUGGAGAAACGCUGGCGAAUCGGCGGUGCCGAAUUUGAGGCACUUAUGCGAAUGCUCGAUAACGCGGGUUUCCGUACGGGUUACAUAUACAGACAUCCAUUGGUUAAGAGUGAACCACCACGACCUCGUAAUGAUGUUGAGGUACCACCAGCGGUAUCGUCUUUGGGAUAUUUAUUGGAAGAAGAAGAACUUUAUAAGCAAGGACUUUGGAAAGGUGGUCGCAAGGGUACCGACAGAUCGCGUUGGUUGAACUCGCCGAAUGUCUACCAAAAGGUCGAAAUCCUGGAAACCGGAACUCCUGAUCCCAAGAAGAUCACCAAGUGGGUGGAUCAAAGUGCAGAGGAGUGGGUGUCGGAUGGAUCGCCGACUCAUAGCAGUACUCCAGUGAGGAUCGAGAGUGCUCUUCAGUUCGUACCGAAGAAUACCAAUCCGAAGGAGUUCAAACAGAUCCAGCAGCAGAUCAAAGACUAUCGCAGAGCAGAUAAAAUAUCUGCUGGGCCACAGUCUCAUAUUUUGGAAGGCGUUACAUGGGAAGAAGCCAAAAAGAUGCAGGAUGCUACAAUCAGUGGGACGGGAGAGCAGGUUGUCCUGGUUGGAGCAGCCAGCAAAGGUAUCAUACAAAGAGGUUUCCAACAUAAUGCGAUGGUCUACAAAACUCCGUAUGCGAAAAAUCCGUUCGAUGCUGUCACGGAUCAAGAACUCGACCAAUACAAGAAAGACGUCGAACGCAAACAAAAAGGAGAUCCCUAUGACGAAUCACAGUCGGAGUCGGAAGCAUUGUCUUCCUUCAACGUUAGCCGUGCGACACAUGAAUCCAGCACUGCCAAGAGUCCUGUCCAAUCACCUGUUUCCGUUACCUCCGAAACGGAAGAAGAAAGCAGAGACGAACCUAGGGUAUUGCGGAUAGAAACGAAACAAGUGCCUGCGCCAAGUCAGCCAGAAGUUGUUCUAAGCGAUGAAACACUGAUGUCUCCUACGGUGUCGGAAACUCCGUUGGUUCAACAUGCCAAGGUUCAAGUACAAGACACACACAGAACAAUAGCUCGUCAUACACCAUCAGUGGAUGCAACCACAGAGUUCCUUAACGAGAUGCGCCGUGAAGCCAUCGAAGCGCCACGAAACGACCUUAAUAGACGAGGAGAGAACACCGUAAAUGGCGAUCACUCGGAUGCACAUCACAGCACAUUUUCCCAGAGUAGCAAGGAGGACGUGAGCGUUAGCGAGGAAUCGCCUAAGAAGGAAAAGAAGAAGAAGAAGGGCCUGAGGACGCCGUCCUUCCUCAAGAAGAAGAAGGAGAAGAAGAAGCCGGUCGAGGCGUAGGUAGUCCUAUUCAGACACUGCCACGAGCGAAAGUUUAUCACAAGUAAAGACAGUAUGAAGAGAUGCGAGAUCGAGUGAUCCCAAGGGUAUCAAACCAGAGAAGCAAAAACGAGGGAGGACGAAGCUGGAGGAAUGCAAAGAAAAAAAACGUCGAGACGAAGGAAAAGGGAAGAGAAGAAUCGAAACCAGGAGAGGACGGACUUCGACCGAAGUAAACGAGGGAAGGGAAAAGAAAAACAAUCACAGCAUCUUUCCAGGACUCAAGACUGCCAUCACAUUACAUCUACAAUAAGAAGACUAUAUUAUAUUGUUAAUGUUUUUACGUUUUUAAUUUGUUAAGUGCCGCGCUGUCAUAUUUAACUCAUUGUCAUAGGCCCUAGUUCUGCCGACAUCCCUGCCUCCGCCCGAAGGAAGGAGUGCUCUCGACCUAGGUCAAUUUAAUUGUCUAAAAUAGGAGUACUCGGCGACCUUAGUCGCCAUUGCGAGCGACUUUUGCGAUAGUUAAGACGAGCUUUCUCGUGAAUUUCGUCGAGCGACUCCAUGAAAUGGCAGGUCAUCCGUUAACGUAGGGAUUGGUCCAUCGGUUGGCAGGUGGACCUUCCUUCUAGGGAUUUUCGAUUAACCGUUUUGCAUCCCUCGUCGAAAGCUCUCCGGUCUCGUCCCGCCGAGGCUAAGGUCGAGAGAACCUCGUAGGAGAUUCAUCGUCCUUAGACGGGAGUUCUUUGUGACCGUGGUUUACUUUGCAUGGAAUUUUUUUAAACAAUCUAGCGCACCCAUCUCCCGGCAAUUAUUUCGAAUGUGUCGACAAACGCCUUGGCGUCUCCCUUUCUCUGUUCGUCGGACGUUUUUAGGACGUGACAGGAUAACGAUGCUAAACGAUUCGCAGGAUCGACUUGAAUUCGUUAAACGUGAUUGUAAAAUGGCGGACCCUCCCCGAACCAUAGAUCUUACACACAUGGAGGAAACAUUGCUAUAGUAUGUGCAUACGAUUAGGUGUAUGGAAAAGGUUAGACAGAGAAAGGGACCUUCUCCCUUUAAGUUAUUCCCGGAAGUACUCUCCGCGCGCAUAGGAGGAUCGAUACACGAAAUUUAUACGAUAGGAUAAAUGAUAAAAACAUGUGAAGAUCUUCGUUUCUCAUUGAGAAAGUUCUUUACAUUGAAUGAAUAUUAAUUUGCUGCACUUUCUCUGAUCUUUUCUUUUGUAGUUUUUUCGUAUUUAUGCAAAAUGGAGCAGUCGCAACAACAUGCUACAGUACAUGCUACACUUGUGCAGUAAAGACUUCCGGUAACACUUAGAAGGAGAAGAGAUCUCUCUCGGUGUAACCUCCUCGUAACACCUCUCCACUCCUAUUUAUGUUCUCUUCGUGUAUAUAAGCUCUGUGCUUCGAACCGUGUCGGUUGGUCCGCCAUUUUGUUUUAGAGAAUUCCAACACAACCGAUAGUAAAAAUGAAUUCCUCGUUUCUGAGAAACCCGUUGGCCGGCCUCAAUCGAGACCUGGCCUAGAUAUUUCAGAUAAGGGGAAGUUUCGAUUCUUUCUCCACCGAGAAGAGUUCUUCGUGUCCACCAUUGUCAUUCCUAGUAAUGAUAUCAUUGGUGAUCGGAUCAGUUAGUUCUCGUCUACUUUUUUCGCGAGCUUCGUCGAGCGACCCGGCACGUCUUUUUUCUCUUGAAACGAUUCUCCGUUUCGUCUAAGGGGAUUCUAAACGACCUCUCGGAAGAGGAACGACUCAUUGUUUCUUACGCGUUACGUUAGAAGCGCCCCAGCCGAUAUCGAUCAAGACCGAUGGAGGUUGAUUUGACAAAUCGACUUCGACCCGGAGCACUUCCAGAUACGGACUUUUAACGAUUAAAUGAAAUAAUGCUGCGAUUUCGUUGGGAUCGCUGCCGAUGGCGGCAGCACUUUGCGACUGGGCGAGUACCCGAAGUUCUCGAAAUCGGGUCACUUUCGUCUUUCUCUUCUUCUCUCUCAUCGCGAGGUCUCAAGAUUCUGUUCGAGAGGCGCGUUAUAUAAAUAUAUAAAUAUAUUAUACAUAUUAAUAUAGUACAAGGCGGAAGAGGCGCGCCCACGUGAGGGAACGCCGUUCCGAUUUUUAAGGACGGACGCGUGCGCCGCCAUCUUAUUUCUUAUUCUUCUUCCUCUUCGAUAUGGCCUAGGAAGCUGCGGGGAACCGGAUCGAGGUUGCCAAAGUGACCGACACGAGGCGAGCAGGAAUAGAAAAUCAACGGUCCUUUCGUAGGAAGAGAAAACCGAUAUUACUCUACCUUUAGUAGAACGCGAAAGAACUCCUUUGGGCUCGACAAGCCCUAAAAGGGCGAGUACUAUUCUUGCAAAUGGCGAACGGAAACGGGUCUGGUUGGAAAUGAAUGGGAUUUUUAAAAGGGUCAUUUCUGCGUUCUAAGACUCGUUUGGAAUCGUCGACCCUCGGAGAUAAUGUACUCGCACUAAAAUCGGGCUUUAUUUAAGAACGGCGUAAAUUGUACCGGCGAUUUCAAACCAGUCUUGGUCCAUCGCAUUCAACGUAUCGAUACAGUAUUACUGUGUCAUACUUCAGAUUUCCUCGGAUCAUGUCAACGUGUCCAGAGACACCUGAGAUUAGAAAAAGAAACGGGAGUGAGACGUUAUUUUUCACUCACAAUGAGCCACUUAACUUCUGGCAUUUCUCUUUAAACGAAAAAGACUGUGGACGAAACUCAGAAUUUCGGAACUCCCUUGAUGCUCGUGCAUCUCUAUUUUACCGUCACAAUUUAUACUUUUCAAUGCUAUGUACCAUUUUAAACGUAAAAGCGGUAAAAAAAAAGAGAAAAAAGAGAACCGUCAAACGGACUUUGUGAUCGUAGUCUUUUGAAAACAGUUUUAUGCUACUCUUUUUGAACUCCAAAUCUACAUGGUGUCUCUUCAAGGCGUAAAGAAUAGCAGCGAGUAGACAAUGCCCAUGUUUCCAUAAUAGUACAGUAAUAAAGUGAUCGCUUGGGUAUUUCACAUUUUAGCGUCGGAUAGACCAAGCAUUUCCUCGCAUUAUAAGAUACACAUUGUAUGACAAAGUUGUCUAGAUACUCGUCUGGAGAAACGUGAGCUUGCGGCUCUUUUCGUUUAUUACAAAUGCAAGGGAUCCUUAUUACACGUGAUGCGUUGAACGAUUUCAUUUCCGUCCACACCGGUUUUGUUUUGUUAACAUGAGUUCCAACGUUAUGAAGGAUCCAAUAGAAAGCACGAAGGAAGUCGAUGACACGAGUGUUAAGCCAGAUACGCGAAAAACUUCGAGAAAAAGAGUCCGAGGAAUUGCGUCCCUCUGUCCGGACUCCGGAUCGUCGAUCUCUCCGAGAUAUAUUUUUUAUUGACGUACAACUUAAUCGUUCGGCUUUCUUGUGCUUGCUGAGAGAGCAAUAAUCGAUUUGUGACGGGGAGAGUGUCCGUGUUGUGCGCCAACGCUUCGCGUUUUAAAGAGCCGACUGUUGGAAUUGGUAGAAAUUGUAAGAAGAUGGUCCCACGGACCGAAGUGCGAUCGGGAAUGGCAAUAUGCCUUUAAUUUCGGUUUAGGACCAAAAGAGCCACGACUCGACCUAGUUAACGCGCUUCGUUCUUUGUAAUCCGAAUACUGCAGAUAACUUAUAUGUUUAUUAAUGAUUUCAUACCCAAACGUGUCUAAAGAAAGUAAAAUUAAGCUCGUCGGGUUAAAGAUAUCAACGUAAAUGCGGAAGUAUCUAUACGACAGUAAAUUAGGGUUGUUUACGGUCUUAAUUAUUACUCUAGAAUUUCAAGUUCGCAAAUUGCUUUUAACGCAUGUCGCAUAUUUUACCCGACAUUUUAGCUCGUUGAGUCAUACGUUAUAUUUUAUAUUUCCGUUUCGUUGUCUUUUACUGUCGCGAUGUCGCUCCGCAGAAUUGCGCUCGUAGAGUCAAACUUUUAACUCGUGAAUCUACGAGUGACUUUACUUGGUGGCUUCGAAGUUUAUUCCCUGAUGCCAUGUAUGCCACUGGUGGAAAUGAAUGACUUCCCAUUGUGCACUCGCGACACCAUGUCUGUAAGGAAGGCAUUCAUCUCUACUACUGUGCAUGAUACAUUCGUGCGGUAUGUUUCUUAAAUAUUUAACAGGGAGCUACUGAUUUCUUUGACAUGUAAUUUACAUGCAGCAUUCGCCCUACGAAAGGUAUUAGAAGUCGAGUGAACGAGUCAGGAAGGAUUGGUGCGAAUCACCGUAAUGUUUUACCAGGUCUGAAAGACCUUUCGGAGUAUAAUAGCGUUUUUAUUACAGGAUAAAUCGCCCGAUCGAACAUUCGUGCCUCUUCGAUAAUGCACAUACGAAUAGGAGCCACGGUUCGCUGUUCGAUUUUUUACGAUAUAUUUUAUUUUCCACUGUUCUAUUGAUUACUUUCUAUUAAGAUCGAUUAUUAUUAUUGAUUAUUAAUGAUUUAUCAUUUCGUGCGAGAUAGGGUGUACACUUGAAGAGAGAAAAAGAGAGAUAUGUGAAUCGUGUGUGAAACGGAGGAAGUAAUAAGUGCGAUGUAUACAUAAAUGUAACGUUUUCUUUCCUUUUUAAGCUUUCUUUGUACAGGACACGCAGAACGAGAAAGAGGAUCGAUUAUAGCUCCCCCCCUCCCUCCUGUCAUCCCUUAUUAUUCCUCAUUCCUCCCCUUUUUGUAGGAUAUACAACAAAUGAUAUUGCGUGCUAGGCAAGCGCCAUUAUUUCGCUCUUGUUGUUACGCGCUUUUGCGUGUGACUUGCGAAUUAAAAAUCGAUGCAAUUUACGACGCUAACAUUCGUUCAUUACGCGAGUGGAACGAUGACAGUUCUUUUUUAAUCUCCCACUGACGAAUCUGCACGUCAAUUGUGAAACAUCUGUAUGGUUGCCGAUACGCUGAUAAUAUUUUACGAAGCUCGUGUAAUGAACUCUGUAUGCGCGUUAAGCCUGUUUUUGUAAAAAAAAAAAGAAAAAAAGUGAUCCGUAGCGGAUUUAACCGGCGAAAUUCGUCGAAGCCGAAACUAAUAAUUGUUAGGUAAUACUUAUAAAGCUUCGCUUUUUACAAGGAGUUUCUUUUCCUUUUUUAUUUCUAAAGUGAAUUCAUCGGUUCGGUUUCGACGAAGUCGAUUAGCGAAUUUCACAGAUGGAUGUUUAUAGCGAGUUCAGGCUUUGUCACUCAUGUUGUACACAGAAAUUGCGCGCGUAUCCAAUUCAAUGCUAUCACGUAAUGAUGAUGAAUGUAUUAUUAAAUUAUACGAUAAUUGCAAUCUAUUAUUGUAAUAGUUAAUAUAUAUUAUAUAUAAUAUAACAGGUAAUAUUAUUAAAUAUACAAAAAAAGUAAUUUUAGUUACGACCACGACUUUGAAAACUUUUUAAUAAGAAACGACUCAUUUCUGAGAUGUUUAAAUCGAUAAUUUUCCAAGGAUUUUGGAACAGAGGUUCAUAGUUGUAUAUAACAGAACUUAUUUAUUUGAACUGCAUUUACAUGUCUCUUAUGCAUUUCAUGUGGACUUCUAGAUGACUAAAAACAUUGACAUGCAUACAUGUAUAAAAUGAAUUGAUUAUGAAUUUAAUUUGUACUACUACUAUUGGAACUUAAAACAUCGUAAAACUAAAUAAUUUAUCUAACAUUUUGAAGAUCUUUGGUACUUAUUAGUUUUGUUUUUUUUUUUUUUGUAAAAUUGAAAAUUCAUUCGUAUUUGCACAAAGCGUGUAAAUAGUUUUAAAAUUGCGAAAUACCAAUACAAAUCUCCAGGUAUCGCGACAAUGUGUUGCAAUGUUGAAAAAGUAUCGUCAAUAAUUGUGCCAUUUACCGAUUUCGUUACAUUUUAUAUCAGAAUAUUUUAUGUAAUCAGCGCAAAAGUCACCCAAGACUUUGAAUCUUACUUUACGGAAUUUAAAAUUAUUUAUACUUGACUUUGACGCAAAAUUCAUUAUUAAAUGUGUCCACACGAGAAAAUAGUAAACUGGCAGAAAAAUGUGAAGAGUUACAUGGCAGAUACACAUGCAUAUAAUACAAAUCGGUAAAUGAAAAUACUUAGAAUGUGAAUAACAUACUGAAAAGCUUUGGAAUCUGCUAGAAGUAGUCAUACAUUCUUUUUUGGUAUUAAAGAAUUUUUAUUCGA